ACAAAAGUCGAAUUAGCUUUAAAGAUGGAAUUUGUCAUUGAUGAAGGCGAUAAUUCCUGUCACGAUCAGACUUGGAGACUAUACAGCAGUUUGCAUAUGCACCCUGUUUGUUUGGGAUGUAUAAUUGAGACUUUGGAGCGAAGUGAUCUGUUACCCCUGCAGAAACAGCCGGCCCUAUCUGAGCUUUUACGUCUCCUCUGUCAACAAUACGAGGACAUCUUGAAGCUCUUCCUACAGGAGGAGAGAAUUGUCUGGCAUAUCCUUACUAUCAUGUUAGACAGUUUGAUGUUGGGUGAUGACUCGUACCAGGCAACUGCUAUUGAUACUGUCUUGAAGCUUGUGGAGCGGGUAGGCUGUGAGGACCUGGUGAAUUCUAUCUUGGACAAUAUCACUUAUAAGGUGAAAAGUUGCUACAGUGUAGAUCGAACUAAUCUACUGCCCUACUAUACCCUGCUGGGAAAAAUGCUACACCAGUUCCCAGGUCUUGCAACAACACUGCUCUGCAAUUAUGAGGAUCUCCUGAAUGAGUUGAGCCUGGAGCUGGGUGCCGGUGGGGAGGGGCUACAGUCAGCGGUUGCGUACAUGUUCAUAUUCGUGUGCGGGGAGGAGCGAGGACUGUCACCACGGAUACACCAGCAGCUCCACACUGGGAUCAUCACCAUGCUGACAUCUGCACAGGCUCUUCCAGUACAGAUUAAUGGUUUAGGUAAUAUAUAGACCAUGCCCCAAUAUCACGAAAAUACUUAAGUCAAAUCUCAAACUCAAUCUCAACUCAUUUUACCAUAAAACAACAAAAUUUAUUGAAAAAAAUAUAUGAUUUUACACAUUUUAAAACCACAUUCUAUUAUUGAAUAAUAAUUAUGUUGAUUAAAACCUUUGGUCUAGAUUCCAAGGGAAAAAUAUUCUACAGCCAAAAAUGUACUUGAGUACAAUUCAUUGCCUUUUAACAUUUACUCAAGUGUAUAUUUUGCUCUAGAAUUAGUUUUCUUUGAAAUAUUGUCAAAAUCUUUCAAUAACACAUUCUAUGAGAAAAUACAUUUUCAAAACGUAUAAAAACAUACAAGAUUUUGAAUAAUAAUUUUAUGAGGUAAAUUGAGUUGAGUCGAUUGAGAUUGAGACUUAACUUAAGUAUUUUCGUGAUAUUGGGGCCAGGAUUCACUAUGGCUAUCGCAGAAACUAGGAUAUCCAAAGAUAGCAAUAUAAUAUUGGCCACAGAUUGUUCAUAUAAAAUCCACAGACUGGACAUGUAGUAGAAGUGUUUUUUCUAACCAAUGUGGGGCCCAAAUUCAGCCCCAUUCUCGUUACUAAAUCAUAUACUUCCAAACUGUGUGAAAAUAAAUUUCCCAAUUUUAUAUUAAAAAAAGGUAUACAAUGCUUUCAUAAAGAAAUUUGACCGCUUACUGUUUUGGUAUUGAAGAGUUGGUGUAGGUUGAAAAAAAAACAUCUGUAUCUCUUUCUUUUAUUUUUCAGUAUAUUUUUUUAAUUGAAUGCAUUCAUUUCCAGGCAAAAUUGAAAUUCAAAACUUUAGUCAAAAUAACACAUUUUUUUAUCAGAAGGGCCCUUUACCUAAUUAGAAAAGCCCUGGCCCCAUUCCCAUGAUGGGGGAUAAACCCAUAGAAUAUCCAGAGAUGGUUGAUAAAAUA